AUGGGAACAGGUACAGACAGUACCGUCGGUGUUAUAGGUGUCGAAGGCUUGUUGCGGAUGAUUGGAUGGGCUGGCAAAGAGAGAAUCCCCUUUGCUAUUGCCGUUUUCCAAGUCGCCAACAACAUGAGGAAUCGGGCGAUCAUUGGACUUUGCGAUGUCUUCGCGAACGAUGUGGUUUUCGAAGACCAGCCUGGCAAAGACGAGGCGGAUCAAAGAGAAAGAAUAAGCGUUAUUGAUAAUGCUGGCUUGCAUCUCGAUGCAGAUGUGGAUGGGAAGAAGCAGAGGAAUGCUGUAUUCUGA